CUUUAAGCUUGGGAACGCGUCACCGCCACUUAUCCGGGCUUCCGGUGGGGGUCCAAGAAAAAGACCAGCGUGGACCCCAGAAAUACCCCGCCAGGCUAAACGGACUCCUCCCCCAUCUUUCCUUCCAUCCUCCCCAUGUCGCCCUCCCCAACCCCGGAGUCACCAGCUGGGCCGAAGCAGGGCCAGAACUGGUGCAGCGAGUGUCAGCGCUCGUUCGAUCGCUCGGACCAUUUUGCCCGCCACAUCCAGUCACACCAAGACCUGCGUCAGUUUCAGUGUCCCUGGUGCCCCAAAUGCUUUAACCGGGGCGAUCUCCUCCACCGGCACAAGCAGAUCCACUCACGUCGCAGAGACGGGGUCCAGUACGCCGCCCGCGCCAGUCGGGCCUGCCGAAACUGCGUCCAGAGCAAAGCAAAAUGUACCGAUCACAAGCCGUGCAAGCGCUGCGCGAGCAAGGGUCUUACCUGCGAAACUGCCGUACGCUCGCGGAAGCGAUCGCAUUCUAAUCCGCCGCAGGCCAUCAUUGCCACCCCCGAAGCUGCCCCCGACGUGCAGCCUCAGGACUUUGCCCAGGUGCACGCCACCCCCUCGGGCAUCGAGCCUGGCAGCGUCGCUGACCCCGGUCCGGAUCCUGUAUUCCAUUCUAUGCGGGGAUACUCGAUUUUCGAUUCAUUCUUCCAGCCGUCCGACAGCUUCGAAUUGGACGCGACCUGCUUUGACCUGGACCUCGAGACCCUCCAAGUGCUCACGCUACCUCCAUCCCGCGAUCUGGCCCAGGGCGAUGUGCAGCUCCUGAACCAGCCCAGUCCGGCCUCUUCGCGGUUCGAAUUCUUCAAGCGGUCUCCAUGGCUCUGGACCCCUGUCCGCGUCGACCAUGCCUACGCCGGUCAGCAGAACCUUGGGGUCAACGAGAGUGCCGUCGACUCUUCCUUUGGCCUGCAAGAACGCCUCUACUUCCAAAACAGUUUAACCAACAAGCCAGUGGACUCUGCCUGCCGCGACAGGAUCUUGUAUAUGAUCUUCCAAACCGCCAAAUUCCCCUCCAUCUCACUCCAGUCUUUUCCAUCGGCCCAUUUCCUUGAUCGCAUGGUCCAGGUGUAUUUUGGCUGGAAUGAUCUGCAAUCCGCGUCUUGGGUCCAUUCCUCGUCGUUUGUUCCCACCGAAUGCACUACCGAACUCUUGGGGCUCAUCAUCGCCGCCGGGUCGACCUCGAUAUCGAUUCCCACAGUAUGGAAGAUGGGAUACGCUCUUCAGGAGCGGUCGCGUUUAUCCCUUUCUGCGUCUAUUGAAAGUGAUAAUAGUCGAGUGCGUGAGUUGCAGAUAAUGCAGGCAUAUCUGCUUUGGGUCUCAAUGGGACUCUGGAGCGGCUUCAAACGGAAUAUGGAGAUUUCCGAGAGCUUCCUCGGAGCGCCAAUGACUAUGCUGCGACGAUGUGGGAGCUUUGCACGCCAUCCCUAUGCGCAGACACCCCGACCAUACGUGACUGACGACGACGAGAUACUGCAUGCAAAGUGGAUAGCGUGGGUCCACCAGGAAUCACUGAAGCGUACGGCUGUAUUUGCACUCAUCACGGACCUUCGAUGCUCGAUGGCCUAUCUACGACCCCCAACUUGCUCAUUGACGGAGCUCUCAUGCCCGCUGCCUGCCGCGCGCGAUAUCUGGUUGGCUCCCAGCGCAGUGGCCUGGAGGGACGCGAUCCUCACCAAACCUCCAAUGGGCGACAAGGAGGUACCAUCCUGGGCUGCCAUCAUGGAAGAUGGCUCACUCUUAGCCGGUCUCGAGACGCAUUACGACACGGGGUUGAUUUCACUCGCGAUCGUCCAUGGAUUUUGGUCGCAGGUCUGGGGGUACCACGAAUCUCUGCGGUUCUUCAGACACAAAAGCAGCCAUGCAAGCCAGGCCCGGACUAUGCUCUGGCUGUCCUGUCAGCAACAAGACCUCGCGCAAUGCCUCGUCGCCUCACAACACGAGCUUUUCAAAUACGCCCUGGACCCGGCCCAGUUUCAGAUUAUCUCCGAGUUCUGUCUCAUGGCGUUGAAUGUCUCUCCCCGCGAGCUACAGCUCUUUGCAGGACGCCUGGGGGAGGAGGAGGCAGAGACUACGCAUCAGAUCCUGCAGCAGUGGAUGAUUGGCCCCGAGUUUAGAGCAGCGGUAUGGCACGCAGGACAGAUUUUCCGUCUAGCACGGACUCUGCCCCUGACGCAGCUGCGAGAGUUCUGCGCUAUCUGUCUGUAUCAGGCCAGCUUAACGCUAUGGGCAUACGGAUUGCUUUCAAAAGCGUCUCAUACCCUGUCGACCUCUGCUCCCACGGUUGGAGACCAGAUAGAGGAGCUACAAGUUCGCGUAGAUGGACUCGAGAGCGCCGCGAGCACAGCGUUUGUCGCCUUGGGGCGAGGGAUCGCCGGAAUCUCCCUGGGUUUACACAAAGCCUUUUGUCCCCUUACCGAUGUGGAGAAUGUCAUGAGGGGCGCUUGUGAUAUCUACCGCGACAACUUCGGGCUCGACACGGCAUCUCUUCCGCCAUUGCUGGAAAGCCUCAUAACACUGAUGACCGACUUGGGGAGCAUUUCGUCGGAUACCCUGACUACCGCUUUGUCUUUAAACGGAUGAAUGCCAUAGUUUCAGUUUUAUUCCCCGUAUCAAAUCAAUAGAUUCCGUUCUUCUCACCUUGUAACAUGUUCAGCCCAGCCUGCGCCUAGUGUAGCGACGAACCAACACUCAAGUAAGCAACCAAGGGUCUGCCCUACUCUAGGUACCCUGCGAUAACCUCUGAUAAUUUUUCACGGCCUUUGCUCACUGUUUAAUCAUACCGCCAAAUUCCAAGAGGCAGCGACCCAGGAACCAGAUUGAAAUGUUCAUAAAGUCCGGCGAUGGCAGCGCAAACCCCUAGCUGUGCACCAUCGAGGCAAUGAUGGUGCUUUGCUCCAGGUAGCUGAUGUUGCGCCCAAUACAUCCGCGAGCCCCAGCGCUGAUUGUGAUAAAGUACGGCUGGGGUUUCUUGCCCUCCUCUUCCAACCAGCGCUUGGGGCGGACUGUCUCCGCGACGAGUUGCGAGAGGGCUACCAAUUGGCUGUUGUCAGCCGGGCCGUCGAUCUAGGUGGAGGAUGUGGAAAAGUUGAGAGGUCUGACAUUCUGAAUAACUGGGGAAACGACACUAUUUAAGCACAG